GCCCGGGAAGACUCAGAGUAGGGGCGUCGGCUUGCGGUCCGCCGCUUCUCGGGGGUGGGGCUGCUGCAGAGCAUCUCAGCGAACCUAGCAGGAACUGGAGCCACUCUUUGUUCUAGUUGCUGCCUCCUAAACCCUCCCGCGCCUGGAUCCAACUUCCUAGCCUUUCCCGCUCUCUCCUCCCGCCUGUCCCCGACAGCUGGGCCCUGUGUCCCCCACCCCAACCUCUUCGUCCCAGGUCCUGCGCUCACCCUUUCCCCAAACUUCUGUUCGGAGCCCUUGCCUGGUCCCCUUCUGUCCACCCUCCCUCCUGCAUCGUCUUCCCCCUCCCCGGCUCCGCUCUCGCGUCCUCCUUUUCCCAAGCUCUGGGUCGCUCCGCCCGGCCCCGCCCCUCCAGGCAGGGGAUGUCCCCCGCAGCCCCGCGCCCAUGGUCCUGACGCUGCUGCUCUCCGCCUACAAGCUCUGCCGUUUUUUCGCCAUGUCGGGCCCACGGCCGGAUGCCGAGCGGCUAGAGGUGCCGGGGCCGGACGGGGGUGGCGGUGCGAGCCAAUGGUGGGUGGCGGGCGGCCGCAGGCCCCGCGAGUUAUCACCGGGGACAAGCACCGAGGUGCAGGGCGCCCUGGAGCGCGCACUGCCCGAGCUGCAGCAGGCGCUGUCGGCCCUGAAGCAGGCAGGCAGCAUGCGGGCCUUGGGAGCCGGCCUAACCGAAGUUUUCCAGCUUGUCGAGGAGGCCUGGCUGCUACCGGCCAUGGGCCGCGAGGUAGCCCAAGGCCUGUGCGACGCUAUCCGCCUGGACGGUGGCCUGGACCUGCUGCUACGCCUGCUCCAGGCGCCAGAGCUGGAGACGCGCGUGCAGGCUGCCCGCCUGCUGGAGCAGAUCCUGGUGGCCGAGAACCGGGACCGCGUGGCGCGCAUCGGACUGGGCGUGAUCCUGAACCUGGCAAAGGAGCGUGAGCCGGUGGAGCUGGCGCGCAGCGUGGCCGGCAUCUUGGAGCACAUGUUCAAGCACUCGGAGGAGACGUGCCAGAAGCUGGUGACAGCCGGCGGCCUGGACGCGGUGCUGUACUGGUGCCGCCGCACGGACCAGGCGCUGCUCCGCCACUGCGCGCUGGCGCUGGCCAACUGCGCGCUGCACGGGGGCCAGGCGGCGCAGCGGCGCAUGGUGGAGAAGCGUGCCGCCGAGUGGCUCUUCCCGCUCGCCUUCUCCAAGGAGGACGAGCUGCUUCGCCUGCACGCCUGCCUGGCCGUGGCCGUGCUGGCCACCAACAAGGAGGUGGAGCGCGAGGUGGAGCGCUCCGGCACGCUGGACCUCGUGGAGCCGCUCGUGGCCUCGCUGGACCCCGGGCGCUUUGCCCGCUGCAUGGUGGACGCCAGUGACACCAGCCAGGGCCGCGCCCCCGACGACCUGCAGCGUCUGGUGCCGCUGCUCGACUCUUCGCGCUUAGAGGCACAGUGCAUCGGGGCUUUCUAUCUCUGUGCGGAGGCAGCCAUCAAGAGUCUGCAGGGCAAGACCAAGGUAUUCAGCGACAUAGGUGCCAUCCAGAGCCUGAAACGCCUCGUCUCCUACUCCACUAAUGGCACCACGUCGGCGCUGGCCAAGCGCGCGCUGCGCCUGCUGGGCGAGGAGGUGCCGCGGCGCAUCCUGCCCAGCGUGCCCAGCUGGAAGGAAGCCGAGGUCCAGACCUGGCUGCAGCAGAUCGGCUUCUCCCAGUACUGCGAGAAUUUCCGGGAGCAGCAGGUAGAUGGAGACCUGCUUCUGCGGCUCACCGACGAGGAACUCCAGACCGACCUGGGCAUGAAGUCGGGCAUCACCCGCAAGAGGUUCCUCCGGGAGCUCACGGAGCUCAAGACCUUCGCCAACUACGCUACGUGCGACCGCAGCAACCUGGCUGACUGGCUGGGCAGCCUGGACCCGCGCUUCCGCCAGUACACCUACGGCCUGGUCAGCUGCGGCCUGGACCGCUCCCUACUGCACCGCGUGUCCGAGCAGCAGCUCCUGGAGGACUGUGGCGUCCACCUGGGCGUGCACCGCGCCCGCAUCCUCACGGCCGCCAGAGAAAUGCUACAUUCCCCGCUGCCCUGCACCGGCGGUAAGCCCAGCGGGGACGCUCCAGACGUCUUCAUCAGCUACCGGCGGAACACGGGCUCUCAGCUGGCCAGCCUCCUGAAGGUGCACCUGCAGUUGCAUGGCCUCAGUGUCUUCAUCGAUGUGGAGAAACUAGAAGCAGGCAAGUUCGAGGACAAGCUCAUCCAGAGUAUCAUGGGCGCCCGCAACUUUGUGCUGGUUUUGUCGGCUGGGGCGCUAGACAAGUGCAUGCAAGACCACGACUGCAAGGACUGGGUGCACAAGGAGAUCGUGACUGCUUUGAGCUGCGGCAAGAACAUCGUGCCUGUCAUUGACGGCUUCGAGUGGCCAGAGCCCCAAGCCCUGCCGGAGGACAUGCAGGCUGUGCUCACCUUCAAUGGCAUCAAGUGGUCCCACGAGUACCAGGAGGCCACCAUUGAGAAGAUCAUCCGCUUCCUGCAGGGCCGCUCCUCCCGGGACUCGUCUGCUGGCUCAGACACCAGUUUGGAGGGCACUGCACCCCCUGGGCCCCAUCUAACCAGCCCCUAGCUCCCAUUUCCAUCAUGACUCCCAUUUCCAUUAUCCCCCCCACCCCAGUGGAACAGCCCCUCAAACUGGCCUCCCUGGGCUGAAACAGCCUGGGCUCUUCUCAGGAAAUGGCUCUCUAACUCCCCUGCCCUCAUGGUCCACCUCAAACCCAGCGUCCUCAGUAUCUGCAAAGGGAAGGGAAGCCAGGCGCUGGGGGUGCUAAGACCUCCCCCAGGCCCUUGCCCUCAGUUCCUGUCUUGAGUGUGGAAAGGUCACUGCUCAGCUGAGGAGGUUCUGGAGGAGGAGGGUUUGCUGUGUGUUAACCGUUCCUGCCCUGCCAACAGCCAGCUUGAGUAGAGUGAAGGUAGGCAAAGUCCGGCAGGGCUUGGUGGCACGGCCACCCCUCUCCGCCAAGCAAGGGCUUGGGCCCGGGAGCCAGCCAGGGAUGAGGGGCCAGCCAUGGUCGCCACCUGCGCCUGGCCCCCGUGCUCACCACUUCCUACCGCCCUGUGGCCUUGCCUCGUAACCACUCAGGGCCCUUAGCUAGCCUGACCUGGUCCCAGGUCCCCUCCCAGCCUUCCUGACGUGCAGCCUCCUUUGCCACAUCUGGGGUCAGGGUGACGGCGAGCCGGCCCUCACACUGGCUGGUCGGCAGCUGUGGCCUGUGCUCACGGGUGCGGUGGGAGCUCCUGCUUGGGCCUGAGCAGGGGAGGCUGCGUCUCAGAGGGCAGCUAGUCAACCUAUUAUGCCUUGGUGCUGUGUGCCAGACCUCUGCCUAGCCUGGCUCAGCCCCUCAUCCACCCAAGCUGCUCACCACCAACUGACUCAGGGAGGUGGAGCGAGGCGGCCCCCUGGGGCAGCAGCAGUAGCCUGGGCAGAACUUGUAACUCCCCCAGGUGUGAACCCACUGCCACCCCCCCGACCCCCUAGAGGAGGGGCAGGGCCGGUGAGGAGAGGCAAGAUCCUGAAGAGGGGAAAGGGGUGCAUCUCAAUCACCGGGGGGUUUUGUUAAAAUUUCAUUCAGGACACCUGGGGUGGGAUGCAUUCCUCAUGAACUCCCGGGUGGGCUAAAGCUGGUGAUCACGGAGUGACAUUCAGUACCUUAAGGAGCCAGGCUCCAAGGCCUCACAGAUGUCAGUCAUUUCCCUGACACUUCACCCCCUGGCCUCUAAUCACCAGAGCAACCUUACCUGGUAUCAUCUCCGUCUGACAGAGAAGGAACUGAAUGAUGUGCCCAGUGUCCCAAGUCUCCAGAGACAGCCCCAGGACAUAGACCGGGCCUCCUGGAGCCCUGUCCACGGCCGGGGGCCCUGUUCUCUUGAGAAUUAUCCAGGAGGCUGCACCCCGGGCAGGGCUGUUGCUCUACAGAACCGCCGGCUUCCCUCUUGCCCCCAGUACUCUAGCCAUGGGGGACAGGCUUUCACAACAGACGGCUGACCCAGAGACUAUAAAGAAAUAACCGAGGAGAAGUGUCCCUCGGCCCCUUUCUCCGCUGGGGUGGAGAGCAUCUCCUGCCAGUAAGUGCAGGCUCCAGCUAAUAGGCUCAGCGGGCACCGGCCCAGCCCCUCCCCUCCCAGGGGCAGGGGUUCACACCUGGCUCGGCUCCCAGAGCUGCCUCCCACGAUGCAAGCCAGGCCCCUCCAGGCUUGGGACUCCUUCCUUCCACCCCCCUCCCUGCCAGACAUACUAGCCGGUCCUCUGCGUGCCCUUGACCCUUUCUCCUUCAUGCUUCAUGAACGCCCACCAGUGUUAGGCAGGCCCUGGACAGGACAGUACUGAGGCAGACUGGAUGCUGCCCCCAAGAGCAGAGGCAGUAACAAUAUAAUGUGAUGAGUCUCCUCCAGAGGCCUUGUCUUCUUGUUCCCCAUCAGUCCCACUCCCUCCAGAGGUCCCUCACGAGCAGUACUCGGAGAGGUUGCCCAGCACACCCUCCACUGCUGCCUGCCUCCUCUCUCUCUCUGGGGAAUCAGCCCAGCCUCCAGGCCCUGCUGGAGCAGCUGAAAUAAAAAUCCUCGCUCUGCCAGGCCAGUGCAUUCAGGGGCCUGCCUCCCUUGCCAUAAGAAACCACUGCCCCGAUCACAGCCAGGGCAGGCACCAUGGCCCUCACCGUCCACCUAGGCCUGGCCUCACAGAGCCUCUCCUGAGACAGAGGGCUGAGAAACAGCCUUCCCCCACCCCCAGCCUGCUCUGACAUUGCUUUGAAGGAUCAGAGUUUUCUGCUUGGAUGGGCUGUAACUGCUGCCCCCACUAUGGGGCUGAGUCAGCCUCACCCCACCCCACCCCUCUCCGAGACCAUGACCUUGCUCAUGACCAAGAAACACUCAAAAGUCAAAAGUCCAGCUCCAACUCAUUCAGCCUUCCCUGGGCUCCACGAAUAGAGGCAUUCCAUUUUAGAAUGUAUGAGGUAGGAAGGAUCUAAGAACAAUAUUUAUUCUAGUGUUUCCUAACUUGUCUGAACCAUGACCAAACAAUUGGGGGUGUCGCUGAGCGAGCCCUUCACAGAAGGCCACACCCGAGUCAGAGGCAGUACCUGGAGUAGAUCCCAGGCCUGAGGUCAAUCCAGAGCCUUUUUGCACCGCUGGGCCAGGAAAGGGGCCUCUCCUCACCUGAUCUCACGACAGGGGAUAGAGACACGGGACUCUGGUAACAGGCCACAACUGACCUUGGUUUGCCUUGGGCCACCCCCAUUUUACCUGCAUGAUUUCUAGCCAGGAAAUGAAUGAGGGCAGAAAUACCAGCAGGGGGGAUGCCCUGUGGCCAGUUCUGUUUUGAAGAGUCAGGUGUUAAUCUGAUUUGCUUGGGGUCUUAUGGGCCUCAUCAAAGCCGGCCUUAAGACCCAAUCUGAUUCUGCCUUUCAACUUCAGGCUUCCCUAAUGCCCUAGAAAUGGGCCCCGCAUUCUCUGGGACUUGGGCCUCCUGUACCACAGGGGGAGGCUGGACCUAUCUCCAGGUUCCUGUUGACCUACAGGUGCUCAAGGGAGGGUGUCGGCACAUGGCCAUGCUGAAAUGCCUAGAGAUGGGGGGUGUUACAGAGAGCUGAAUGGUUAACAAAAAUUGAUUCCAUUUGGGCUGGCUGUAGCCAGGAAGAUCGAGACGGGUGCCUUCAGGGAGUGGAUCUCUGACCCUGAGGAAUAAGCAGCCAGGGCUCUGCCCAGAGCUUCCUCACUGGCCUGAUGCAAGCGUGCCAGCGCUUUGCCUCCCAGAAGCUCAGAAGACAAUGGGCAGUCAGAUGAGGAAUGAGCCAGCUGUGCCCGGUGCCAAUCUCAUGGCAACUCUGGGGUCUCCUGUCCUUUCCAGCAGCUGCUGCUGCCUGGACUAUGGUGGGCAAACUGGGAAAACAAGGCCCCAUAGCCUAAUGCUAUGGGGGAGCCAGGAAGUUCAUUUCAGGGCGAUUAUACUGACUUAUGAUGAUUGGCACUGCUAAGCCCAGCAUAUUAAUUGCCACCCAGGGACAGCAGCAUUCUCCCUCCAGGGGACACCAAGUCCCUCCCACAACCCUCCCUCCCCGAAAGGUACCAUAUUCAUCACUAAGGACUGAUAAAUUGAAUACUCCGAGCUGCCCAGUUUGGGUUGGAAGCAGAGGUGCCAGCCCUCAGGCUUCAACCGGUCCCUCCGUCAGGACCUCGCCCCUCCCCUGGAGGGUUCUUCUGUGUGAUUCAUGGCCUAAAGGGUAAACAGAUCCCUGUUCCAAAUAGGGGCUCCCCCACCCCCUGCCCUGAGUGGGGGACAAUUCGAGAUCUGGGAGUCCUAGGCUGGCACAGCUGUGGAUGAGGCAGGGGCCUUGGUCCAGGUUGACCAUCCUGUCCAAGGUGAACACAGCCCUUUGGGGCGAUCUGCUGCUAUGCUAAGGGCUGGGAUCCAGAUGCAGCUCCUUCCAGUUGGUCAGCGCUCAUGUUGCUCCUCUUGCCCCCUGUCCUCGGGUCCAGGCAGAUCAGGGGCUCUGGGAAAACUCCUGGAAUUCAGGGCAAUGAUUAUCCCUUUCCAGUAUCCUGUGAGAGACCAAAGAGAGAGUUCAGACUUAACAUGGGGGGGACCCUCAACUCCUGGAGGAGUGACAUGGGCUUUAUUGGGUGGGCUGAUCCAGGUAACCCCCCCCUUCCCCGCAAGCUAAGAGGUGGAAGACAAGACAGAGGGCUUGGGGGAAGAAAAGCAAGUGGGUCAGAUGGGCAUGGGGCCCAGCCACAGCUAUCCCAGGAAGCUCUCCAGGCUUCCCUUUAGUGCAUUUCUGCCACAGCUGUUGCAUCUGUAAAAUGGGAACAGAGAGGGGCGAGGGGAACUGAGUAGGAGAACACAGCCCUGCCAAGCAGCACUGUGAGCGUGUCCCUUCCCCUGCUGGCCUCUGCCUUGCCCCUGGAGAACCGCUCCCAGAGAAUCAGGCAGCGGUCUGCAAGGGGAGAGAGAGACACCCACAGGGGGAGAGGUCCAGAAACAAGGAGGUCGGGAGGAGGAGGAGGAGGAAGAGGAGCCCUUUAGGUAAACGGCUCCGUUCUGACCAUGAGUCACAGCCCUGUAUUACCCCAUCAGGAUGGCCGGGAUGAAGAGCAGUCCAGCUCCCAGGAGGAAGGGGAAGCCCUUCAUGAGGUUCAGGGUGGCUGGGUAGAGCGAGUUGAAGAUGCCAGAGGCCAUCAGCAUGGCCAAGCCAUUCACACAGGCCAGAGCAGAAAAGAGAGCGCCUGUGAAGAAAUAAAUACCACACAGCAAUUUGAAAGGCCUAAAUGCAAAUUCUGGCACUACUACCUAACAGCUGUGUGAUCUGGGGCAAGCCACUUCACCUGAGUCUGACCUUUCUCACCUAUAAACCCUACAUCAUGUGUUGUGUAUGAUAAGGCUUCAGUGAGGUCAUACAUGGAGAGCACCUGUGCUAUAAAACAAACGGCUGUUAUUAAAUCUAUUACAAGGA